AUGAGUACCAGUGAAUUCGACGAGCCGAAUAAACUUAAGGAAGGCGGCUGGGGUGAUCCGCCUUUAGAACCAAAAGAUUGUUGGCCUGAAUCGGAAAGGGGGACUAAGGACGCAGGUGAUGCAAACGACGAAGGCUGGGAUAAGACUCCUAAAGAAAGUAAUCAUAAUUGGGACGCACAGUCACCAAAAAAUGAAGAACCCACUUCUAAAUGGGAUUCAACAGACUUGCGAAUCGAAAAUAACAGCGGCCGGGAAUCACAAAAUAAGAAAAAUCAGGUUGAAUCGGGUGGUCGCAGCGCGCAAACUUCGCAUUCUAAGAAAAAUAAUGGAAAGGAUAACCCGGCUUCUUUCAAGAGCAAGCAGGGAGAGGACAAGAGUGGCUGGAGGUCAGGUGGGGAUUCAAGGAGAACGGAUCGGUCGGAAGAUAAAUUCUCUCAACCCCCGCAUAAAGGUAGUUGGAGGGAGAGACAAUCUUCGAGAAGAGAUGAGGACUCCUCUUAUUUCGAGUCAAGAAGUCCUCGUGGAAGAGGCAGAGGAGGAGGUUUUCAAUCCCCUCGCAAUAACCGAGAUAAUUACAAGCAUGAAUACAGAGAUCGCGGUCACAACCAACGGGCCUCUCUUUCACGCGGCGAUGAGCAUCGUGAAAAAACUAACGAUGAGUAUACAGAAGAAUCCGGUUCGAAUAAAGCUAACAGCUUAAUCGAAAAUAAUCGCGGAUCCAAAUCAGAUGCACCUUAUGUGAAUAAGGAACGUGUAUUGUCCGGAGGCAAAGUUUAUCAGAGAGUGAAAGAAGAAGAACUCUCCGAACGCAUGGAACGAAUGCGCAUCCAAAAUGAAAAAAUAGUGGAAAAAAGAAAGCAAAAGCAAUUGCAAGAUCAAAUUGAUAAUGAACGGGAGGAAAAUGCAAGGCGUAAAAUACAAAAUCGGGACACACGGGAGUGGGAUAAAGAAAAAGAAAGAAGUUGGAGUACGCAUCAAAGGAAUUCUAGUCAUGGUAACUCCAACGAUCACGAAGUUGAUCGAAAAAGCUCUCGCAGCGAUGACAGUAAUUAUGACCGGAGAAAUUCCCGUCAAGAAAAUAGCGAAUAUGAUGAUCACUGGAGAAGAAACUCUCGCGGUAAUAACGUUGAUUACGACCGAAGGAACUCCAGGGGCAGUAAUCAUGAAUUUGCGAAUAGAAGUCCUCGUGGUGGUGGAUAUGGCCCGAGAAAUAACCGGGGUGACGAAAGUGGAUACAAUUCAAGGAACUACCGUGGGAGUAGGGAUAAUGAUUAUAAUUCGAAAAGCUAUUACUACACACGAGGUAGGGGAGGUCGUGGAAGAGGUGGCGAUGAACGCAGGGGUGGAUUCGGUGGAGGAAAUCCACGUGGAACUGGCGGACGAUACAACAAUGAUCAAAGUCAAGACUCAUAUAAACAUGAAAAUGAAUGGGAUCCAAACGAACAGGAUAAAUCCUGGGCGACAACGGAUGAUGCUUCGGAAACCAAAAAUCAGAUAAAAUCAGAUAAAAAAGACAUUGAAGGUUGGGGCGAUCCGAAUACUGAAGUGUUUUUGCGUCAAAUGCCUGCUGAGUUAAGCGAUCAAAAAGAAGAAAUAUUAUAUUCAAAUGGAACGGACGAGUUGAACUGGUCAUCAGUCCAACCCGUUGACUAA